GGGGGUGGAGGAAGCCCAGGCCUUAGAGUUGGGAUGGCAAAGCUGUAAGGGCUGCUGGAGGGCCAAGUUGCUGAGCAUUUACUAAGUAGCUACUUUGUGCCAAGUGCUAGGGAUACAAAAAAAGGAAAAGAGACCCUUGCCCUCAAGGAACUCCCAGUCUAGUGAGGGAGACAACAUGCCAACAACUGCAUAGCGACACGCUACAUACAGGAUGGACUGGAGAUGGCACCAGGAUUAAGGGGGAAGGGCUUCUUGUAGGUGGUAUUUCAACUGAGACCUGGAACCUGGGAGAUGGACAGGAAGAAGUAGAUGAUUCCAGGCUUGGGGAGUGGUUGCCUGGAGGAAGGCACAGUUGGGAGACUGAGCUGGGUCACAGGAUGGAAAACUGGGGAAAGGAGAGUGAGGUGUUUGCUCAGUUGAGCAAAGGGGCUAACGCUGGCUCCUAGAAGUGGGCAGCCGCUGGAGGAUAUUGAUCAGAGGGACGACUUGGUCAGACCUGGGCAUUAUACUUGUGCUGACAGCUUAGGAGAGGCCGGGCUGGAAUGCGUGGACACUGCAGGCAGGCCUCCCCUCUGGAAGACUGGACAACAUCUUGGAAUGGCAGCUGGGAGGGGCCUUAAAAUUCAGAGCAUAGAACAACUGGGAGAGACGGCAUAGAAUGUGGAAUGUCAGAGUUUAGGAGUACUUUACAAUGUUAGAGGUGGGGAGGGGGGUUUAGAACAUAAGAAUGGCACGUAAAAACGGGAUGUAGAAGGUGCCAGGUCAGAGCUGGGGGGGACAUCAGAACAGGGAAUGGCAGCGCCCAGAAUCACCUUCCAUCCCAGGACAGUCAAGAACCGCCUUCAAACAGGGAGAGACGAGAAGGAGCUAAGUAUGCUGACCAUGGGGGCAGCCCGGGACCUUCAGCCAGAGAAAACAAUUUCAGGGCUGGAGGCAAGCGGUCCCAGGGAGUAGCCUGGGGAAGAUCAGAGCAGGCGCAUUCCCAUAGGACCAGCUGGCGGUUGCUCUGCGGCUGCGCAGGGCGGGCUCUCGGCCGGAACCUUGAUGCGCGCUGUUCUCGGCACCUACGGACUGCCGCGAGGAGGGCGCCGGGGCGGGACGGGGAGGAUGCGCCCGUUGUCCGGGGCAACGGUUGACAAGAUGGCGGCAGACGGGGACUCGGCGGGCAGCCGCGGCGAGAGUACUGAAGUCAAUUCCAAAUGGCUGGACGCCCACUAUGACCCUAUGGCUAACAUCCACACUUUCUCUGCGUGCCUGGCACUUGCAGAUCUCCAUGGUGACGGCGAGUACAAGCUGGUAGUGGGGGACCUGGGUCCUAACGGGCGGCAGCCACGACUAAAGGUGCUCAAGGGACCAUCAGUGCUGACUGAGAGCCCACUGCCCGCCCUGCCAUCUGCUGCCACUGCUUUUCUCAUGGAACCCCACGAGCCUCGGACCCCAGCACUGGCAUUGGCCUCUGGCCCCUGUGUGUACAUCUACAAGAACCUGAGACCCUACUUCAAGUUCAGCUUGCCUCCCCUGCCUCCUAAUCCCCUGGAGCAGGAUCUCUGGAACCAAGCCAAGGAGGACCGGAUUGACCCUUUGACCCUAAAGGAGAUGCUGGAGGGGAUCAGGGAGAAGGCCGAGGUGCCUCUGUCUGUGCAGUCCCUCAGGUUCUUACACCUGGAGCUGGGAGAAAUGGGAGCCUUUGUUGCCCAGCAUAAAAACCAGCCCAUCAAGCGACAGACAGUCAUCACGGCCAUGACCACUCUGAAGAAGAACCUGGCUGACGAGGAUGCCGUGUCCUGCCUGGUGCUGGGGACCGAGAACCGGGAGCUGCUGGUGCUGGACCCUGAGGCCUUCACCGUCCUGUCGAAGAUGAACCUGCCCAGCGUCCCCGUGUUUCUGGAGGUGUCGGGACAGUUUGAUGUCGAAUUCUGGCUCACGGCUGCCUGCCGGGACGGCAACGUCUACAUCAUGAGAAGGGACUCGAAGCGCCCCAAAUACUGCAUCGAGCUGAGUGCCCAGCCUGUAGGGCUCAUCCGCAUCCACAAGACGCUGGUGGUGGGCAGCACCCAGGAUAUGCUUCACAGCUUCACUCACAAGGGGAAGAAGCUGUGGACGGUGCCCAUGCCAGCGCCCAUCCUGACAAUGAGUCUCCUGGAACAGCGCUCUCGAGGUCUACAGGCUGUCAUGGCUGGACUGGCCAAUGGGGAAAUGCGCAUUUACCGGGAUAAGGCCCUUCUCGACAUCAUCCGGACCCCGGAUGCCGUGACCAGCCUCUGCUUUGGCCGCUAUGGACGAGAGGAUAACACCCUUAUCAUGACAACUCGAGGUGGUGGCCUGGUUAUCAAGAUUCUGAAGAGAACGGCAGUAUUUGGGGAAGGGGCUGGUGAGGCAGGGCCCCCCCCAGCCCAAGCCCUGAAGCUCAAUGUGCCUCGAAAGACCAGACUCUACGUGGACCAGACUCUGCGGGAGCGAGAGGCCGGCACAGCCAUGCACCGAGCCUUCCAGAUGGACCUCUACCUGCUCCGGCUGCGGGCCGCUCGAGCCUACGUGCAGGCUCUGGAGUCCAGCCUGAACCCCGUGUCCACCAGCCUUCGGGAGCCCCUCAAGCUGCAUGCUGUGGUUCAGGGCUUGGGGCCCACCUUCAGGUUGACGCUUCAUCUCCAGAACACUUCUGCGAUCCGCCCUGCCAUGGGUCUGCUGGUCUCCUUCCUGUACAAUGAGUCCCUCUACGCCCUGCCCCGGGCCUUCUUUAAGGUUCCCAUGCUGGUACCAGGACUCAGCUACCCCAUGGAGACCUUCGUGGAGUGUCUCAGCGAUAAGGGCAUCUCAGACAUCAUCAAGGUCCUGGUGCUUCGGGAGGGCCAGAGUGCACCCCUGCUGAGUGCCCACAUCAACAUGCCUGUGAUAGCCGCCUGAGCCCAGGGUGGCUGGGAGCAAGCACUAGUUAGGCAGCAACCUUGAUGCGGAGGCCAGCCCCGUGAGGGAGCUUUGGAGGCAAAGACACUGAGCCCACCCAGCUCACAGCAGCUCCUCCCCAGGACUUCUGGAAGCGUGUGUGUGUGUGUGUGUGUGUGUGUGUGUGUGUGUGUGUGAGAGAGAGAGAGAGAGAGAGAGGUCUUCCCCCUUUCCCCGAGGCCUGGCAUCUAUUGUCAUUAGCUGAGUGAGGAGCCUCCAAGCAGCCCUGUGUCCUCCCCUAUCAGGAUAGCAUCCCCAUAAAGGGUCAGAGGCCCCUGGCCCAUUUCCAGCCCUCCCUGCCUGUGCGUCCCUUCCCCGUUCUGGGUUUUGCCCUGAUGGGCCCCGAGGGCCCCUGUAGCACCAGAUAAUCCUCUGAUGGCUCCUGGGGGUGCUGGGCCCAGCAUGCCCUUCCACCAUGGGCUGACCUCCAGAAGCCUCAGGACCUUGGGUGGGGGGGAGAACCAGAGGCAGCAGAAAGCAUCUUCCUCAGCCUCGGCAUCAAACGGCAAGCAAUGAUUAAGCACCUUUGGUGUGCCUGGCCCAAGGAAAGAGCCCCUGCAUCACCCCCACGGCAGGGCUUCUGCCGGAGGAGGAAGUGGGGCUCGGGUAGGCCACCCUGCAGAGCUUUAGAGCGAGCCAAUAAAGCCCUUGUGCUAAACA